UAAUCCGUAUCUGUAGCAUCUCUUCAGCCAAACAUCCCUCUCUGCCUGAACUCGAGUGGUCCAAGAAGUCAGACUUUCGUUCACUGGUUUGCAGUUCAGUAGUUCACGCUACACAGUUCACAGUCCCAUUCCCAUUUCCCACUCAGAGAGAUUGAGAAAGAGAGAGAGAGAGAGAGAGAGAGAGAGAGAGAGGUGAUGAAGCUUGUCUCAACGAGUAGAAUCCUUCACCGACAGAGUUCUCGUUUCAGAGAUUUGUUCUUCUCGACGGAAACCCUAACAUCUCCAUCCCCCGAUUCUCUUUACGAGAGAAUCGCAGUCACUGGGGACCCUAAGAUUUCGGUUGUUCCAGUACUCGAGAAAUGGGUUGACGAAGGAAGAUCUGUCAACAAAGUUGAGCUUAAUUUGCUGAUAAGGAAGUUGAAGUUUCUCAGAAAAUUCAAGCACGCUCUUGAGAUAUCUCAAUGGAUGACUAACCGUAGAUAUUUUGAACUAUCACCAAGUGAUGCUGCAAUGCGAUUGGAUUUGAUAUCCAAAGUUCAUGGCCUCGAACAUGCAGAAAAGUAUUUUGCUAGCAUUUCAAAUAAAUUGAAAGCACUUAAGACAUACGGUGCUCUUCUGAACUGUUAUGUGCGAGAAAAAUCUGUUGAAAAAGCAGAAGCCCUUGUACAGAACAUGAAGAGCAUGGGUUUUGCAACAACAUCUUUUCCUUAUAAUAUGCUGAUUAUCCUUUAUUUUCAGACUGGACAGCAUGAGAAAAUAGACAUCCUAAUGCAAGAAAUGAAAGAGAAGGGCAUCCUUCAUGACCAGUUCACAUUGAACAACCAACUGAGUGCAUUUGCUUCAGCUUCCAACGUUAGGGGGAUGGAAGAAACCCUAAAUCAGAUGGAGAAGGAUCCCUAUAUAACUAUUGAUUGGAAUACCUAUGCAAUCAUAGCAAAUGGGUACAUUAAAGCUGGACUUUUUGACAAUGCUUUAGCAAUGCUGAAGAAAAUGGAAAGAAUUAUCAUUACUCAAAGAUCAACUACAGUUGGUCUUGACUAUCUUCUCUCGCUAUAUAGCAGCAUGGGAAGAAAGGAUGAGCUUUACAGAGUUUGGAAUCUGUACAAGUUAUCUGGGAAGCGAAAUUCAUCUUAUUGCUGCAUGAUAACAUCACUGGCAAAACUGGAUGAUAUCAAGGGAGCUGAGAUGAUCUUCAAAGAGUGGGAGUCCAACUGUGCUUUCUAUGAUUUCCGGGUCCUGAAUCGGCUUCUUGUUGCUUAUUGCAAGAAUGGUCUUUUUGACAAGGCAGAGUUGGUUCUGCAGAAGGCAGUUGUGGGGAGGACGCCUUAUGCAAGUACUUGGAACAUCUUAGCAAUGGGGUAUGUGGAGAAUAAACAGAUGUCCAAGGCGGUGGAGAUGUUGAAAAAGGCUAUGCUGGUAGCAAGAGAGGGGUGGAGGCCAAAUUUGGCCACUUUGGUUGCUUGUUUAGAUUACUUAGAAGAGAAGAGAGAUGUGGAAGGAGUGGAGGAUCUCGUGAGGUUAUUUAGGGCCACAGGUCCUUUGUCUAGGGAUCUAUACCACAGGUUGCUCAGAAUUUAUCUUGCAGCUGGCAAACCAAGCUCAAGCAUUCUAGAUCAGAUGAAAGUGGAUGGGUUACCAAUUAAUGAAGAAACACAAACGAUCCUAAAAACAGGGCAAGAUUUACAAGUGGAGAUGUUAGAUUAGUGAAGUGUGAGAUCAUAGUUGAUUUGUUGGAUGGCCAACCUGUUGCCUAUCAUGUCCAGAAAUUGGGGUAAAGUUGUUCAAAAUUUUGAGAAAAUACAAGUUAACAUCUUUGUCUCCAUUGCUAUUAGGAUUCUCCUAAGAAUUGUUGGACAGUUAAAUUAUAACAGGUUGGUUCAAUAAAUCUAACAGCAUCCUUUCAUGCUAAAAAACAAUUUGCAUGACCUUUUUUGUUAGUGAAAUCUUGGUGUUGUGAUGCAUUUUAAUACUUGAAUUAGAACCUCAUCAUUAUUUCUCACUAUAAUUUUGACA